CAGAUUGUUUUAGAAGACCAGACAAAACUAUGCUAAGGAGGAGGMAAUGAUGGUGGCACUAGUGAACCAAAGCAGUUUCUGGCAUUGUGAAUGAAACAUGCUGUUAAGUGGGUAUUGCCAAAUUACUUAACUGCGCAUCAGAUAGAAGCUAUUGACAAUGAAGGUUGACAGAAGCAAGUUAAAGAAAACCCCCACUGAAGCUCCUGCGGACUGCAGGACGCUCAUAGAGAAGCUUAAGGGAUGCCGCGACGAGCAACUGCUGUUGGAGCUGCAGCACAUCAAGACCUGGAAUAUUGGCAAGUGUGAGCUGUACCACUGGGUGGACCUGCUGGACCGUUUCGAUGGGAUCCUGUGUGACGCGGGCCAGACGGUGGAGAACAUGUCCUGGCUGCUGGUGUGUGACCGGCCGGACAACGGGCAGCUCAAAGCCCUGCUGCUGGCCGUGCUCAACUUCACCGCCCUGCUCAUCGAGUACAGCUUCUCCAGGCACCUUUACAGCUCUAUAGAGCACUUGACCACCCUGUUAGCGUCAUGUGACAUGCAGGUGGUGCUGUCUGUGCUGAACCUCCUGUACGUGUUCAGUAAACGCUCCAACUACAUCACCAGACUGGGCUCUGACAAGAGGACCCCUCUGCUGGCACGCCUCCAACAUCUGGCUGAGAGUUGGGGAGGGAAGGAGAAUGGCUUCGGUCUGGCCGAGUGCUGCAGGGACCUGCCUAUGACGAAGUACCCUCCCAGUGCCACCACACUGCACUUUGAGUUCUAUGCUGAACCUGGCCCUGAGGUCAAAGUGGAGAGGAAGACCAGCAGUAACACAUUACACUACAUUCACAUCGAACAGCUCGACAAGAUCUCUGAGAGUCCCAGUGAGAUCAUGGAGUCACUUACGGUGAUGUAUAACAUCCCUAAAGACAAGCAGACCCUGCUGUUCACACACAUCAGACUGGCCCAYGGCUUCUCCAACCACAAGAAGAGACUACAGGCCGUGCAGGCCAGGCUCCACGCCAUCUCUAUACUGGUGUACUCCAAUGCACUCCAGGAGUCGGCCAACAGUAUUCUCUAYAACGGCUUGAUAGAGGAGCUGGUAGAUGUGCUACAGAUUACAGACAAACAGCUUGUGGACAUAAAGGCAGCGUCUUUACGCACCUUAACAUCCAUAGUGCACCUGGAAAGGACGCCCAAGCUGUCCAACAUCAUCGACUGCACCGGCACAGCCUCCUACCACGGCUUCCUGCCUGUGCUGGUGCGCAACUGCAUACAGGCCAUGAUCGACCCUCUAAUGGAGCCGUACCCGCACCAGUUUGCCACUGCUUUGUUCUCCUUCCUCUACCACCUGGCCAGCUACGACGCUGGGGGRGAGGCCCUGGUCUCCUGUGGGAUGAUGGAAGCCCUUCUCAAGGUGAUCAAGUUCCUGGGGGACGAGCAGGACCAGAUCACGUUUGUCACGCGUGCAGUUCGAGUGGUGGACCUCAUCACCAACCUGGACAUGGCAGCCUUCCAGUCACAUACCGGCCUUACCAUCUUCAUCAGCAGGCUGGAGCAUGAGGUGGACCUGUCUAGAAAAGAGUGUCCYUUUGUCAUCAAGCCAAAGAUCCAGAGACCCAACUCUACCGUGGAAUCUGAGGACAUGGACACGGACGUGGAUGGCCAGUCAGAAAGCUUGUCAGAAGAGAGGAUGGAGAGCAGCCCUGGUCCCUCAACGUCCUCUGGCUCCAGACCUGAGACAGACCACCGAGCGCAGAGCAGCACUGCCAGCACGCCCCGCACAGGCCUGCAGUGUAUUCCCCAGAGAGCAGCUCUGCUGAAGUCAAUGCUAAACUUCUUGAAGAAAGCCAUCCAGGACCCUGCCUUCUCUGAUGGCAUCCGUCACGUCAUGGACGGGUCUUUGCCUACCUCACUCAAGCACAUCAUCAGUAAUGCAGAGUACUAUGGACCUUCUCUUUUCCUACUGGCGACGGAGGUGGUAACAGUGUUUGUGUUCCAGGAGCCGUCUCUGCUCUCCUCCCUGCAGGAUAACGGCUUGACUGAUGUCAUGCUGCAUGCCCUGCUAAUCAAAGACGUCCCGGCCACCCGGGAGGUGCUUGGUUCUCUCCCUAACGUGUUCAGUGCCUUGUGCCUGAAUGCGCGAGGCCUGCACUCCUUCGUCCAAUGCCAGCCCUUUGAACGCCUCUUCAAGGUGCUGUUGUCACCUGACUACCUGCCUGCCAUGAGACGACGCCGCAGCUCUGACCCUCUGGGAGAUACAGCAUCCAACCUGGGCAGUGCUGUGGAUGAACUGAUGAGACACCAACCCACUCUGAAGACUGACGCCACUACUGCCAUCAUCAAGUUACUGGAGGAGAUAUGUAACCUGGGCCGAGCCCCGGAGUACAUCUGUCAGAAGCCCUCUAUCCAGAAGACUGAUGGCACCGUCACCGCGCCCCCCGCCCGCUCCUCCCACGCUGCAGAAGAGGCUUCCAGCGAAGAUGAGGAGGAAGAGGAGGCGCUCCAUACCUUCACCCAGCAGCAGGGGGAACCAGAGAGCAACAGACAGGUUGUUGGCACUGAAGAGAGGAUACCGAUUCCUCUGAUGGAUUACAUUCUGAAUGUGAUGAAGUUUGUGGAGUCGAUCCUUAGUAACAACACGACAGACGACCACUGUCAGGAGUUUGUCAACCAGAAGGGUCUCCUGCCCCUGGUCUCCAUCCUGGGUCUGCCCAACCUGCCCAUCGACUUCCCCACCUCAGCUGCUUGCCAGGCUGUAGCCGGGGUCUGCAAGUCCAUACUGACGCUGUCCCAUGAGCCCAAAGUGCUCCAAGAGGGGCUGUGUCAGCUGGACAGCAUCCUGUCGGCCCUCGAGCCGCUCCACCGCCCCAUCGAGGUCCCCGGAGGUUCCGUGCUGCUCCGAGAGCUCGCUACCGCCGGUCACGUGACCGACGCAACGCUGUCGGCCCGCGCCACGCCACUGCUGCACGCGCUCACCGCCGCACACGCUUAUAUCCUGAUGUUCGUGCACACCUGCAGGGUAGGGCAGAGUGAGAUCAGGGCCAUCAGUGUGAACCAGUGGGGCUCCCAGCUGGGUCUGAGUGUUCUCAACAAGCUGAGUCAGCUCUACUGCUCUCUGGUCUGGGAGAGCACUGUGCUGCUGUCACUCUGCACACCCAACAGUCUCCCCCCAGGCUGUGAGUUUGGCCAGGCUGACAUGCAGAAGCUUGUUCCCAAAGAGGACAAGCCAUCUGGCAGCACCACAGCCACCGCUUCUACCUCUGGAUCCAGGAGAACUGCUGAGUCUGAGGCUGUUGCUGUGGACCCCUCUGCCACGUGUCUCCUAGAGGGGAUGGGGUUGGACGGGGACACGCUAGCCCCCAUGGAGACUGACGAGCCCACCGCCGGCACAUCUGACCCCAAGACCAAGUCCAAACUGACCCCCGCCAUGGCCACUCGCAUCAAGCAGAUCAAACCCCUGCUCUCUGCGUCGUCUCGUCUGGGCCGGGCUCUGGCCGAGCUCUUUGGUCUUCUGGUGAAGCUGUGUGUGGGUUCUCCAGUCCGACAGCGCCGCUCUCACCACGCCACCAGCACCGGCACAGCCCCCACCCCCGCCGCCCGGGCCACCGCCUCCUCCCUCACCAAGCUGCUUACCAAGGGCCUCAGCUGGCAGCCCCCGCCGUACACCCCUACCCCUCGUUUCAGGCUGACGUUCUUCAUCUGCUCGGUGGGCUUCACGUCCCCCAUGCUGUUCGACGAGAGGAAGUACCCCUACCACCUCAUGCUGCAGAAGUUCUUCUGCUCCGGAGGACACAACGCACUCUUUGAGACAUUUAACUGGGCCCUGUCUAUGGGUGGUAAGGUGCCUGUCUCUGAGGGUCUGGAGCAUGCAGAGCUGCCAGACGGGACAGGGGAGUUCUUGGAUGCCUGGCUGAUGCUGGUGGAGAAGAUGGUGAACCCCAGUACUGUGCUGGACUCACCCCACAGCCUGCCUGUCAAGGUUCCCGGGGUCACACCCACCACCCCCCAGUUCAGCGCCCUGCGAUUCCUCAUAGUCACUCAGAAGGCAGCGUUCAGCUGCAUCUGCAGCCUGUGGAACAGAAAGCCCCUUAAAGUGUACGGGGGCCGCAUGGCUGAGUCCAUGUUAGCGAUACUGUGCCACAUCCUGAGAGGAGAACCUGUCAUCCAGGAGCGCCUGGCCAAGGAGAGGGAGGGCACGGCCCGUCCAGAGGAGGAGGGAGGUCUUGGGGCCUCUACGCUGCCUGUAGGCCCCAGCUCUGGAGGUGCAGGUGGAGCAGCAGUGGCCCCUGGAGCAGCAGUAAAUGCAGGAGAGGGCCCUGCCGGGUCAGUUCCAGGACCAGCCAUUGGAAGCAGUACAGCACCACCUGCACCAGGGGGUGCAGCAGAGGACUCCACUAACACUACUCCCAGGAGAGAGCCACCAGUUAACCAGGCUCAGCUACAGCAGGCUCAGGGAGGAAGCAGGGAGAGGCAGCCAAAUGUCAACCAGCAGCAGCUACAGCAGCUGAUGGACAUGGGUUUCUCCAGAGAGCAUGCCAUGGAGGCCCUGGUGAACACCAGCACCAUGGAGCAGGCCACAGAGUACCUGCUCACACACCCUCCUCCUCUACUCAGCGGAGCCGUCAGGGACAUGACCAUGUCAGAGGAGGACCAGAUGAUGAGAGCCAUCGCCAUGUCUCUGGGACAAGAGGUCAGCAUGGAACAGCGCUCUGAUUCGCCCGAGGAGGCGGCGCGUCAUCGCGAGGAGGACGACAGGAGAGCCAGGGAGCGUACGGAGGAGGAGGAGGCUCGCUGCCUGGAGAGGUUCCUGGAGGCCGAGCCCCUGGACAGUACGGAGCUCCACGCCUUCACUGACUCCAUGCUGCCCGGCUGCUUCCACCUGCUGGACGAGCUGCCAGACACCGUCUAUCGCCUCUGUGACUUGCUCAUGACCGCCAUCAAGAGGAGUGGUCCCGAGUACAGGGACCUCAUCCUUCGACAGGUGGUCAACCAGGUGUGGGAGGCAGCAGACGUGCUCAUCAAGGCAGCAAUACCCCUGACCACCAGUGACACCAAGACUGUGUCYGAGUGGACCAGACAGAUGGCUACCCUGCCCCAGGCCUCCAACCUGGCAACACGCAUCCUGCUGCUCACACUGCUCUUUGAGGAGUUGAAGCUGUCAUGUGCUAGGGUGGUGGAGAACAGUGGGAUCCUCAAUGUGCUCAUCAAGCUGCUAGAAGUAGUGCAGCCCUGUCUGCAGGCUGCCAAGGAGCAGAAGGACAUCCAGACGCCCAAGUGGAUCACUCCAGUGCUGCUGAUCAUUGACUUCUAUGAGAAAAUGGCUGUUUCAUCCAAACGCAGAGCGCAGAUGAACAAGUACCUGCAGCCCAAUGGUAAUAACUGGCGUUGGUUUGACGACCGGUCGGGGCGCUGGUGCAGCUACUCUGCCUCUAACAACGGCACUAUAGACUCAGCCUGGAGGGCCGGGGAGAGCAGCGUCCGAUUCACCGCAGGACGCAGGAGAUACACCGUACAGUUCAACACCAUGGUCCAGGUGAAUGAGGAGACUGGUAACCGUCGUCCGGUGAUGCUGACGGUUCAGAGAGUGCCUCGCGUUCCUAAACCUGCCAAAACUGGCAGCAUGACGGACUCUGAGAGGGAGGAGGGGGACAAGGGCAAGGCAGAGGAGACGCAGACAGACCCAGACUCUGCACCAGUAGCCGUGGAGAUGAGUGCUCCUAAAGAUGACAACACUUCCCCUCAACUAAAGGAGUCCUUCUCUGGUCCCUCUGCUCCUGCUGCCCCCCCUCCCGCAGCCCCCCUGGACCCCACGUCUGAACGCACCGGGGCAGGAGGAGCCAUCGUUGUGCAGGGCCUGACAGAGGACAUGACCACGGUGCUCAUCAGAGCCUGUGUAUCCAUGAUAAGUGUCCCCGUGGACCCAGACACCCUCCACGCCACACUAAGGCUGUGCCUGCGCCUGACGAGAACCCACCACUACGCCAUGAUGUUUGCUGAGCUGAAGAGUACCAGGAUGAUCUUGGGGCUGACGCAGGGGUCGGGGUUCAACGGCUUCACGCCGCUCGUCACCCUGCUAUUCAGACACAUCAUUGAGGACCCCGCCACUCUACGCCACACCAUGGAGAAGGUGGUGCGGUCAGCAGUGACCAGUGGGGCGGGCAGCACCACGUCAGGUGUGGUAUCAGGCUCUCUGGGCUCCAGAGAGAUUAACUACAUCCUGCGCGUUCUGGGCCCGGCCGCCUGCCGGAACCCAGACUGCUUCGCAGACACGGCCAACAGCUGCGUCCGGAUCGCCCUACCUGCACCCCGCGGAGCUGGUACGGCGUCAGAUGAUGAGUUUGAGAACCUGCGUAUCAAGGGGCCCAACGCGGUGCAGCUGGUGAAGACCACCCCCCUCAAGCUGUCUCCGCUGCCCCCCAUCCCUGACACCAUCAAAGAGGUCAUCUAUGACAUGCUCAACGCCCUGGCCGCCUACCACGCACCUGAAGAGGCUGAGCGUCCAGAGGAGCCUGCUGUGGYGGUGCCCGGGGGGCAGGACCUGUGUCAGAUCCUCCAGGACGAUGAUGUCUACCAGCAGUACAGACUCACCAGACAGGGCAGUGACUUCGACUCACAGUCCGCUUUCCACAUCAACGCCCAGGUGUUUACUGCUGAUGGUGCUGUGGCUGACUCCUCUCAGUCUGGCACGCCCCAGGGAGAAGGUGAGGCACUCCCUCCCUGCUCUUCACCUCCAGCCUCUACUGCCUCUACUCCAGAGGAGAUGCGUGAGGAGAAGAAGGAGGUGGAGGGUGAGAACGGAGCCAGCUCAGAGGAGGGUAAGGGGGCCAAGGCUAAGGCCUCCAAGCCCCUGAUGCCCACCUCCACCAUCCUGCGUCUCCUGGCAGAGCUGGUCAGGUCCUAYGUGGGCAUCGCCACCCUCAUAGCAUCCUACUGCUACACGGCCGGACAGUCUGAGCUCAUCAAGGAGGUGGGUUGGUUCGCCUGGACAAAACUUAAAUUUUUCGAAGUCUAUUUGAUCCUGGUGCUCAAUGGAGAGUAUUCAUUGAAAGUGCUUAUCAGUCCAGUUAUGGGCAUAAUUUGGGUCUGGGAAACCAUUGACUUGUAUAUCUUUGUUCUAUUCCAGGUGAAUGAGGAGACUGGUAACCGUCGUCCGGUGAUGCUGACGGUUCAGAGAGUGCCUCGCGUUCCUAAACCUGCCAAAACUGGCAGCAUGACGGACUCUGAGAGGGAGGAGGGGGACAAGGGCAAGGCAGAGGAGACGCAGACAGACCCAGACUCUGCACCAGUAGCCGUGGAGAUGAGUGCUCCUAAAGAUGACAACACUUCCCCUCAACUAAAGGAGUCCUUCUCUGGUCCCUCUGCUCCUGCUGCCCCCCCUCCCGCAGCCCCCCUGGACCCCACGUCUGAACGCACCGGGGCAGGAGGAGCCAUCGUUGUGCAGGGCCUGACAGAGGACAUGACCACGGUGCUCAUCAGAGCCUGUGUAUCCAUGAUAAGUGUCCCCGUGGACCCAGACACCCUCCACGCCACACUAAGGCUGUGCCUGCGCCUGACGAGAACCCACCACUACGCCAUGAUGUUUGCUGAGCUGAAGAGUACCAGGAUGAUCUUGGGGCUGACGCAGGGGUCGGGGUUCAACGGCUUCACGCCGCUCGUCACCCUGCUAUUCAGACACAUCAUUGAGGACCCCGCCACUCUACGCCACACCAUGGAGAAGGUGGUGCGGUCAGCAGUGACCAGUGGGGCGGGCAGCACCACGUCAGGUGUGGUAUCAGGCUCUCUGGGCUCCAGAGAGAUUAACUACAUCCUGCGCGUUCUGGGCCCGGCCGCCUGCCGGAACCCAGACUGCUUCGCAGACACGGCCAACAGCUGCGUCCGGAUCGCCCUACCUGCACCCCGCGGAGCUGGUACGGCGUCAGAUGAUGAGUUUGAGAACCUGCGUAUCAAGGGGCCCAACGCGGUGCAGCUGGUGAAGACCACCCCCCUCAAGCUGUCUCCGCUGCCCCCCAUCCCUGACACCAUCAAAGAGGUCAUCUAUGACAUGCUCAACGCCCUGGCCGCCUACCACGCACCUGAAGAGGCUGAGCGUCCAGAGGAGCCUGCUGUGGYGGUGCCCGGGGGGCAGGACCUGUGUCAGAUCCUCCAGGACGAUGAUGUCUACCAGCAGUACAGACUCACCAGACAGGGCAGUGACUUCGACUCACAGUCCGCUUUCCACAUCAACGCCCAGGUGUUUACUGCUGAUGGUGCUGUGGCUGACUCCUCUCAGUCUGGCACGCCCCAGGGAGAAGCCUCUACUCCAGAGGAGAUGCGUGAGGAGAAGAAGGAGGUGGAGGGUGAGAACGGAGCCAGCUCAGAGGAGGGUAAGGGGGCCAAGGCUAAGGCCUCCAAGCCCCUGAUGCCCACCUCCACCAUCCUGCGUCUCCUGGCAGAGCUGGUCAGGUCCUAYGUGGGCAUCGCCACCCUCAUAGCAUCCUACUGCUACACGGCCGGACAGUCUGAGCUCAUCAAGGAGGACUGUAGUGUCUUAGCCUUCGUGCUGGACCACCUGCUGCCCCACACCCAGAGCUCUGAGGAUAAGGACACCCCUGCCCUGGCACGUCUGUUCCUGGCCAGCUUGGCAGCCGCCGGCACAGGCACCGACGCGCAGGUGGCUCUGGUCAACGAGGUGAAGGCCGCACUCAGCCGGGCGCUGGCCAUGGCAGAGGGCACGGAGAAACACGCCAGGCUCCAGGCAGUGAUGUGUAUCAUCAGCACCAUCAUGGAGUCGUGUCCGUCCACCUCUAGCUUCUACAGCACGGCAGCAGCCAAGACGCAGCACAACGGCAUGAACAACAUCAUACGUCUCUUCCUCAAGAAGGGACUGGUUAACGACCUGGCUAGAGUACCACACAGCCUCGACCUGUCCAGCCCUAACAUGGCCAACACGGUGAAUGCAGCUCUGAAACCCCUGGAGACUCUGUCCCGUAUCGUCAACCAGCCCAGCAGCCUGUUUGGGAAAGGGGGAUCCAGCAAGAACAAGGCUGAGCACGACACUGUGGGAGCCGCCAGGGACUCAAACAGCACCACACAAGGUACCACAGGUGACUCGGUUGAGGGGACUCUGGUCGAGGGCAGUCACAGGGUCCAAGGGACAGACAGUGACCUGAUGGAYGGAGAGACGGAGGGAGACACAGURGUCAUCGCUGGACAGCCGGAGGUGCUCAGCACCACAGCCAUGCAGGUAGAGAACGAGCUGGUGGAUCUGAUAGACGAGCUGUUGGAGAGAGAUGCCGGUGCCGUCAACAGCUCCAUUAUCGUGGGACGUGGUAGCGGUGAGGACGAAUCACAAGAGGACGURUUGAUGGAUGAGGCGCCAUCCAAUAUCAGUCAGGCGUCUACUCUACAGACCAACAGAGAAGACUCUAUGAACAUCCUGGAGCCUGAGGAUGAGGAGCACACGCAGGAGGAAGACUCCAGCGGCAGCAAUGAUGAUGAAGACAGCCAAGAUGAAGAGGAGGAGGAAGAAGAGGAAGAGGAGGAGGACCAGGAUGAUGAAGAAGGUGAUGAGGAUGAUGAUGAUGAAGGGUCRGAGAUGGAGCUGGAUGAAGAUUUCCCAGACAUCAACGCUGCGCCACACAUUCGCUUCGAGAGGUUUGACCGCGAUGAUGAUCUCAUCAUCGAGUUUGACAACAUGUUCUCCACCACCGCUGACAUCCCUCCCUCCCCAGGCAACAUCCCCAGCUCCCACCCCCUGAUGGUGCGUCAUGCCGACCACGGCUCCUUAACGCUGGGCGGAGCGGGCACCAACAACCGUCUAGCGCAAGGCAUGGGUCGCAGCCAGAGAACGCUACGCCAGCUCACCGCCAACACGGGCCACACCAUACACGUCCACUACCCUGGGAACAGACAGCCCAACCCCCCACUCAUCCUGCAGAGACUGCUGGGUCCCAGUGCUGCAGCAGACAUCCUGCAGUUGUCCAGCUCUCUGCCACUGCAGUCCCGCGGCCGUGCCCGACUCCUGGUGGGCAACGAGGACGUGCACAUCAUCGCCCGAUCUGACGACGAGCUACUGGACGACUUCUUCCAUGAGCAGAGCAGCACCGGAGGACAAGCAGGCACUCUGUCCAGUAUCCCCACUGCCUUAACCCGAUGGACUGAUGAGUGUAAAGUGCUGGAUGCUGAGAGCAUGCACGACUGUGUCGCAGUGGUGAAGGUUCCUAUCCUGCAGCACCUGGAGACUCUGAGAGACGAGGAGCUGGAGGAGAGGAGGGAAAAGAGACGGAGACAGCUGGCUGAGGAAGAGGAGGCUAAGCAGAACGACAGAAGAACAGGGGGAGAGGAGGCCAGGGAACAGAGUCUACAGGGCUCAGGACUGGGGACGGUCAACGGUGCUGCUGGAGAGACCACUGCUGAAGGUGAGCCCCAGGGCAGUGGGGUGUCCUGUCUGGAUCCCCCCAGGGUCUCAGAAGGCUUCCUCACCGCGCCCCCUUCAGGAGAGGUCACCCCCACCACCCCAGCCCCCCACGAACAGGCCCUGGUCUCCCUGGAGACYGCCAUCAGCCAGCAGGUCCACCAGCCAAUCGCAGAUCUGCUCCUGGCCGAGUCGCAUGCCAAUUCGCUGGUCACACUAGCGGGGGCGGGUCUUCCUGACCUGACGGCUUCAUCCGAUAGGCUGAACUGUGAAGCUGAGGCAUCCCAGAUGGAAAUGUCCCCGGCGCCCCCUAUUGCCUCCCUGAGUCCAGACAUCGUGGARACCUCUGAGCCUGCAGCGGUGGGCGUGUCACAAUUGGAAGGGUCUCCCAUGGAUACCAGUAGCCCCGUCUCUGCCACGCAGGAAGAGCCCAACCCUGCCCAGGCUGUCCAUCUGUCUCAGGAGCUGUCUGGGAGUGGAGACAGCGGGGUGACGGACACGCACACAGACGCAGAGACCGGCUCCACCACUGUCUCCACCCCUGGAGAGACCAUGCCCCUGAGUGACCGUGCCAACAGCCAAUCCCAGGCCAUCCAGGAAGAGCCACUCCCAUCCACCAGCAAUGAGGAUGAGGACCCACUGGCAGGCAUCAGUCUACCAGAGGGUGUUGACCCGUCCUUCUUGGCAGCUCUCCCAGAGGACAUCCGUCGUGAGGUGCUCCAGAACCAGCUGGGUAUUCGACCCCCGGCGCGCCCCCCUGCCUCCUCCACCCUCCCCUCCACCACCACCCCAGUACUAGGAGGAGGACCCGGGGUCACGGAGGUCAGCCCUGAGUUCCUGGCUGCCCUGCCACCUGCCAUACAGGAAGAGGUGCUGGCGCAGCAGAGGGCAGAGCAGCAGCGUAGAGAGCUGUCCCAGCAGCCCACGCAGGGCGACACUCCCCUGGACCCUGUCACCUUCAUCCAGACCCUCCCMUCGGAGCUGCGUCGCUCCGUCCUGGAAGAUAUGGAGGACAGCGUGCUGGCAGUGAUGCCCCCGGACAUCGCCGCCGAGGCAGCCGCGCUGCGCCGCGAGCAGGAGGCUCGUCAGAGACAGCUGAUGCACGAGAGGCUAUUUGGCCAUAGUUCCAGCUCGGCCUUGUCGGCCAUCUUGAGGUCGCCUGCGUUUACUAGCCGCCUGGGGGGAAACCGAGGAGUACAGUACACCCGCCUAGCCGUGCAGAGAGGAGGGACCUUCCAGAUGGGAGGAGGGGCCAACCACAGCAGGCCGUCCAGUUCCAGUGUGGACUCUCUGCUGCGUCUGCGCGGUCGUCUGCUCCUGGACCACGAGGCCUUGUCCUGUCUCCUGGUCCUCCUCUUCGUAGACGAACCCAAACUCAACACCAGCCGUCUGCACCGCGUGCUCCGCAACCUGUGCUACCACUCCCAGACGCGUGGCUGGGUCAUCCGCAGUCUCCUCUCCAUCCUGCAGCGGAGCAGCGAGAGUGAGGUGUGUGUCGAGACCACCCGCCUGGAAGACGCCAGAGGCAAGCGGACCGCCGGCGGUCAGGGAGGUYACGGAGGGAGUAAAGGAUCUACGACCACAGCUACCGCUGCCUCCUCCCUCUCCUCCUCUUCCUCCUCCUCUCUGGAGUUGAUCAACAGGGUGGAGUCUCGUAGCUCCUCCCAGCUCUCUUGGCUGUCCGUUUCCAUGGACGCGGCUCUAGGCUGCCGCACAAACAUUUUCCAGAUCCAACGGGCGUCGGGGCGGAAGCACGCCGACCGGCACUCUGCUGGGGGGRCGUCAGGAGGGCCCGGGGGGACCCUGGGAGGAGGGGUACAGGGGGUUACAGCUGGGGUGACGUGUCCAGGGGGAGGAGGGUCGACUGUACACAUCCACCCCCAAGCCGCCCCUGUGGUCUGUCGACACGUACUGGAUACUCUUAUCCAACUGGCCAAGGUGUUCCCCAGUCACUUCACCCAGCAGCGCUGUAAGGACCUGCUCUCCUCCUCCACCUCUGAUCUGGACUCCCGUCUGUGUGCUGCUGCCUCCAUCGUUACUGGAACAGCAGGAGGAGGCUCUAGAUCUACCCAGACUAAUACCUGCUCCACUCCCUCCUCAGCCCAGAACUCCCUGGGCGGGGGUGCCUGUGGAACGGCCAUCACCCCCCAGUCCCUGGGCAUCUCCACCGACUUCUGGGACCUGCUGGUGAAACUGGACAACAUGAAUGUGUCRAGGAAAGGCAAGGCCUCCAUGAAGACUGUUCCCCUAGGGGCAGGAGGGGAGGCCGAGGGGGCUCAGUACAGCCUGGAGGCCUCUCCGCUGGGCCAGCUGAUGAAUAUGCUGUCCCACCCAGUGAUACGACGCUCCUCCCUGCUCACCGAGAAGCUGCUGCGUCUCCUGUCCCUCAUCUCCAUCGCCUUGCCUGAUAAUAAGGCUACUGAAGUCCCAGCUGGACACCAGACGCCGCAGUCUACCACCGCCGGAGCUGGCAAUCCCGCCACUGCCACCAGUGCAGCAGCAACAGCCGGUGCUCCGGGCUCUGUCUCAGCCUCUGCUCAGGGGAUCACUGUAGGGGUGGUAGUUCCAGCUCAGGGUUCAUCUUCCACAGCUAUAGUGUCCAUACCCACUUCUACUGGAGCCAGCGCAACCGGGAAGCAUCGAGCGACCGUGCUCUGUAUUGAAAGUGACACCAAGCUUGCCUCCACUGGACUCACUGAGAAACAACUGCAGCUCUCUGUCGAGGUGCUGACCAGUCACUCGUGUUCAGAGGAGGGUCUGGAGGAUGCAGCYAACAUCCUGCUCCAGCUGUCCAGAGGAGACGGAACCACUAGAGACACCGUACUGCGUCUGCUGCUGAGUGGAGCUAGACACCUGGGAUACACACUCUGCAAACAGAUUGGCACGUUAUUGGCCGAGCUGCGGGAGUACAACCUGGAGCAGCAAAGGAGAGCCCGGGCUGACGCCCAGUCACCUGACGCCCCUGCCGAGGACACCUCCAUCUCCGCCAGGCUGAAGGCCGGCAAGCUCUCUAGCAGGUUCGACGGCUCUGAGAGCGUGGUGAUCGUGGCAGCCCAGAAGCGUACGCUGGGUGGGCGGGAGCUGCAGCUGCCCUGCAUGUCUUCCCUGACCUCCAAGACGUCCACCCAGAAGUUCUUCCUGCGGGUCCUGCAGGUCAUCAUCCAGCUCCGGGAGGACACGCGCCGCGCCAACAAGAAGGCCAAGCAGACCGGACGACUUGGCUCUACCAGUCUGGGCUCCGCCAGCAGCAUCCAGGCGGCGGUCCGUCAGCUAGAAGCCGAGGCUGAUGCCAUCAUUCAGAUGGUGAGAGAGGGGCAGCGAGCACGCCGUCUGCAGCAGGCCCCCCCGCCCUCCGCCUCUGUCGCUGCUGUCACCACCUCCGGAUCCUCUGUGGCCGCCCCUCAUGCCCCCGCUGCUGCCCCCGGCACGGCGAGCGCUGCCACGUCAGAGGUGGGGUCAGUCUCUGAGCCCCAGGCAGUUCAGAGGGAUGAUUCUCCCAUGGAUGUAGACCAGCCCUCUCCACUGGAGCAGGACCCUGCACCCCUGGAUGAAGAAGGCAACAGCCAAUCAGAGACAGAGGAGCGUCUCCCGGACCUUCCCCUGCUGAGCGAGCAGCUGCUAUUGGACGAGUUGUGGGACAUGCUCGGGGAGUGCCUGAAGGAACUGGAGGAGUCACAUGAUCAACACGCUGUUCUGGUCCUUCAGCCAGCGGUAGAGGCCUUCUUCCUGGUCCAUGCCACAGAGAGGGAGAGCAAGCCCCCUGUCAGAGACACCAGGGAGAGCCAGCUGUCCCACAUCAAAGAUGAGCCUCCCCCCCUGUCCCCCGCACCCCUCACUCCCGCCACCCCCUCCUCUCUGGACCCGUUCUUCUCCAGAGAACCCUCCUCCAUGCACAUCUCCUCCAACCUGCCUCCCGACACACAGAAGUUCCUCCGCUUCGCUGAGACUCACCGUACAGUGCUAAACCAGAUUCUGCGCCAGUCCACCACCCACCUGGCCGACGGACCCUUCGCUGUGCUGGUUGACUACAUCCGUAUCCUCGAUUUUGACGUCAAGAGAAAGUACUUCCGUCAGGAGCUGGAGCGUCUGGACGAGGGUCUGAGGAAGGAGGAUAUGGCUGUCCACGUCAGGAGAGAUCACGUGUUUGAAGACUCCUACAGAGAGCUGCACCGCAAGAGUCCCGAGGACAUGAAGAACAGGCUGUACAUAGUGUUUGAAGGAGAGGAGGGUCAGGAUGCCGGAGGUCUGCUGAGAGAGUGGUACAUGAUCAUCUCCAGGGAGAUGUUUAACGCCAUGUACGCCCUGUUCCGCACCUCGCCCGGCGACAGGGUCACCUACACCAUUAACCCCUCCUCGCACUGCAACCCAAACCACCUCAGCUACUUCAAGUUCGUAGGUCGCGUGGUGGCCAAGGCCGUCUACGACAACCGACUGCUGGAGUGCUACUUCACACGCAGCUUCUACAAGCACAUCCUGGGCAAGAGUGUCAGGUACACAGACAUGGAGAGUGAGAUUACCCGUUUCCAGGGUUGUCUACUGCUGGAGAAUAAUGUCUGUACUCUGGGCUAUGAGCUGACAUUCAGCACUGAGGUAGUCCUUUCCGUUUUUGGUGUGUGUGAGGUACGUGACCUGAAGCCUAACGAGGCACUCAUUGUCACUGAGGAGAACAAGAAGGAGUACGUCCACCUGGUGUGUCAGAUGAAGAUGACUGCAGCUGUCUGCCUACUGGAGGGUUUCUACGAGAUCAUCCAGAGGCUGAUCUCCAUUCUCACAGAGCAAGGAGCUGGAGCUGCCUGGAUAUCUGGCCUGCCCACUAUAGAUAUAGACGACCUCAAAGGCAACACAGAGUACAACAAGUACCAGUCCAGCUCCAUACAGAUCCAGUGGUUCUGGCGGGCCCUGCGUUCCUUCGACCAGGCGGACAGAGCCAAGUUCCUGCAGUUUGUGACGGGCACGUCCAAGGUUCCUCUGCAGGGCUUCGCAGCGCUGGAGGGCAUGAACGGAAUACAGAAGUUCCAGAUCCACCGUGACGACCGCUCCACCGACCGCCUACCGUCAGCUCACACCUGCUUCAACCAGCUGGACCUCCCAGCCUACGAGAGCUAUGAGAAGCUGAGGCACAUGCUGCUGCUGGCCAUUCAGGAAUGCUCCGAAGGAUUCGGACUGGCUUAGACCUACCCACACGGAGACUCAACACACACACACACACACACACACACACACACAAUUUAGACUUGCAUACUCUGACUGAUUCAAGCUGAUGACACACACACACACUCGCACUAUCAUAGAUAUUACUGGAUGACUGGAAAAAUGGCCUCUAGACAUACAACUGGUUCCUAAUCCAUAUAAAGAAACAGACGGACCAGCAGAGCGGUAUGAUUAACUGACUGACUGAUAUUACCUACUACACACAGAGCCUCAUGUCAAUAGACACAGACCUGUGCCUGGUAUGUCUCCCUUCCACAUUAGAAUGGCAGAAACCUGAGAGGGUGUAUUGAGGAUAAGAACCUGGACUAAUAUAAGACAUUUUCUCCAUUUAGUUUGAUUUCUCUGUACAAAAGGUUUGGGAGUUUAUUUUUCUUUGUUCUUCUCUGGCUGUGUAAAAAAAAAAAGGAGAAGGUUGUUUGUGUGUGAGAACAGGAUGGUUAUAAAACCUUUGGGGGAAAAAAUGUUGGCUGUUUCUUUUUUGCGAAUUUGUGACCUCAUAAGCCUUGAAGGGGGGUGACAUUUUUAUGGGGAAGAAGGAGAAAGAGAGAAAAAAAGAAGUUUUGAAGAAAUUCAAAGAAAUGCACUUUUCAAAGUUUUGUGGCAUUUAAGGAAGGAAAACAAAUGAUGAGAACAAGAAAGGAAAGGAGAUGAUGAAAUUAACCACAAAUUCUAGAGUAUUUUUGGCUAUUAAAUCGCUGACCCCGCCUUGAGCUUUUGAAUCAGAGUGAAAUAACUACGUGAAUAAAUGCAUAAAAUGGAGUCCCAUUUGUCUCUUAACAUUAUUAUAUAUUGAAACCUAUAUCACCCUUCAUCUGAAACAAGCUAUAGCCAAUCAUACUUCAUCUGAAACUAAAUGUAGCCAAUCAAACUUAAUCUGAAACAAAAUAUAGCCAAUCAUACUUCAUCUGAAACAAAAUGUAGCCAAUCAUACUUCAUCUGAAACAAGCUAUAGCCAAUCAUACUUCAUCUGAAACAAAAUAUAGCCAAUCAUACUUCAUCUGAAACAAUAUAUAGCCAAUCAUACUUCAUUUGAAACAAACUAUAGCCAAUCAUACUAGACCUUAAUUAUAAAAAAUAUGUACUGUUAUAAUAGUGUGCUAUUGCACUAAUGCAAAUGAUUUGAAACAAUUGUUUAAUUUUGUGGAGGACCUCUUCCCUGAAGAUUGUGUGCUCGUCCUUAUGGUCAUUUUGAGUUGUCCUUGAGCUUUCCCUGGCAGAGCAAAUUAAAACCAGUCAUAGUGAACACCUCUCCGAAGAGCCUGGAUGGGUCACAGCGUGGGACCAAUCAGAAUCUACCAUCACAAGGUCACUCAAGUCCGCACUGCCCAUCAGCAGAGAGAAUCUUAAUGAACACGUGUAACAGAAUUCCAUGCAACAUUU